CGGGCAUAUAAGAAGCUAGGUUUCAGAACAGAGGAGGUCGGACAUCACUUGCAGUAGAGCUCACUGCACUAGAUAUGCGAGUAUGAGUCCACAGUCUCUCAGGUUCUACAUCGAUCUUGUGGUCAUAUUCUAUGUAUCUUCUCAGCUUGCCGUCACUGAAGAAUAUUCAGUAAAUGUGGAGAGACCAUGUCCAAUGGAAACAGUCACUUUCACCUGCAUUGCUGCUGGAAAUCUCUUGAGAUGGGAAGUGUCAGAUAGUGAUGAUACUAUCGAGAUCCUCUCUACCUCUGAUCUCAAUGUACCCAUCGGUGUAUCAGGUUACACUGUGACACUAAUUGCAUUCAAUGACACUACUUUAACAUCUACUCUGUCAAGAACAGCAGAGAGUGUGAUCACUGUGUCCUGUGUGGGGCUUAUGCCUGUAGGUACUAUAGGGUCUAUAACGAUUCGUUUGGUUGAUCCACCGGGACCACCCUCCACCACAAGACACUCCACUUCAAGCAACUCGGCAGAUGAAGUCAGUGUGACUGUUGAUUGGAACCCUCCUACUGAGACUGGUGGUAGAGAUGACCUCACCUACACAGUGACCAUCUCACCUCUGGCCCAGCUCUCUGCAACUGUCCUCACAUCCACCUCUGUCAAUGUGACUGCUCAAUACAAUGUGGACUACACUGUCAGUGUUGUGGCUACCAACUGUGCUGGGAACAGUACAACUGCUGACUACAACUUUACGAUUGGCAGCUGUCCUGUGUUGAUCAACCCCAUGAAUGGAGCGUUUGGACCAACCACCAACAGUUUGCCAGGAUCCACGGUAACCAUCCAGUGCGACGCUGGGUAUGUAUCUGCUGUUACAAUGGUGACAUGUGAGGGUACACUGAUGUGGAGUCCAGACCCUGAGGCUAUUGAGUGUACAUUACUAACCACACCUACUCCCACAAUUCCUCCAAUGAGCUGCACAACUUCACUAUCCCCACCACAGAAUGGCACUAUCAGUAAUCGUUCAGCACCAGCUAUUCCCGGUACACAAGUGACCUUCCAGUGUGAUGAUGGACUGUUCCCUGAGGGCAUACUGACUGCCACCUGUCUAGUUACAGGAAUGUGGGACAAGAACCCGGGGGAGAUUAUCUGCAGAAAUGAGUCUAUUUCAUGUGCCCUGCCUGCCCCUCUACUCUAUGGAGCUUUACUCAACACUAACUUUCAGAACACUAACCUAAUGGAGGGCUCAGUCAUUACCUUCCAAUGUGAUCCUGGGUUCUCACUGGUGGGUGCAGUGACUGCCACUUGUAACAACUCUGGUCUCUGGGAUCCUGACCCGGCUGUAUUGAGGUGUGUGGCAGCGCCAACUGGUGGGAAUGUUGCUGCUAUAGCUGGAGGUGUUGCUGGUGGUAUAAUGGUCGCGUUACUUCUCAUUUUGUUGAUAAUAAUUAUCUUAUUGGUGGUUCUCAGAAAGAGAAAAGAGAGUGUGAGGCAUAAAUCAAAUGACAGUAUAGAAAUGGAUCAUAGGUUUGAUGUAAACGUAAUGUGUGUAGUCUCUGUGUAUUGUUAUGAGCCAUGCCUUUCAUUACAGGGGGAAUACAGUGCACUACAACACAAUGGGCCGGUAAAGAACUCAAAGAAGUGCCAGCCUCCAGCAGCGGAUGAAGAAGGCUACAAUAGAAUCACUCAUAAUGUGAAUCCUGCUUCACAGAAUCCUGCUUCCCUCACCUAUGAUGAGGUUAUCCUCAACAGUGAUAAGAAAAUAGCGGUCAAUGAAGAGGGAUACAGUGUGAUGGACACUGGACAGGGUGCUCAGAGGAUGCCCGGCUAUGGCCAGCUCGGCAAUGUGGCUACAGUGGAGCCGGUAAUCUAUGCUGCCCUUAGCACUAGCCAGCCUCGCAAGAAAGGGACUGCCACUGUGGAUCAUCAUCAGGUGACCUACGCCACUGUGGAUAGUGAUGCUACCAUACAACAGGAAGCUAAGGCAGCCAUCCUCCCAACAGCCUCAGCCCCAGCCCUGCCUGAUGUUGACAAGCUCCUGGACAUUGACCAGGCCUUGGUCCAGAUCAGGUCAAUGCAGCACAAAUGGAGGGAGCUGGCUGAGACUAUGAGGGUGCCAGAAACAAUGAUUGAACAGAUCGAGGAUUCAUGUGGAAUCAACCAUGGUGGCUGUCUAACGGAGGUGAUCGACCAGUGGAUGAGGAGUUGCUCUGGGCGACCAACCUGGAGAGAGCUGGCUGGUCAUCUCCAUAAUAUUGGAGAGGAGCAAUUGUCACAAGAACUCAUGACUAUCUACGAUACUGGUCGUCUCCCAGUGGAGUUGAACAUGAAGGCAGUACCAAGUACCGUGUACAAGUACGACCGAGCCCCUCCCCCUCCCCUCCCCUCUCGAUCACCCACAACGACAGAUGACGACCCCGGACUACCAAAGCUUCCCUCACGUCCCCCUAAAGCAGCUGGUGCGGCAAUGGUUCCAGCCCGUCCCCCUAAAUCAGCCCAUAACAAUGAACCUCCAGUACCUGCACGCCCGUCCAAGCAAUAUGCGAAGCAUUAGGUACUGGAGGUACUGGGUCAUAACUUGUUAGUGCAAGAAUCAACUCAUAUCCUUUAGGUGACAUAUUUUCAUAGGUAGUAGCUAAGUGUGUGGUAGAAUACAACAAACAUUUUAGUGUUAGUACAAGAAUCAACUCAAUACAUGAACUCAAGCUUAUUAUCCCCCGUAGUUCAGUCACAAUCACUUAAUUGUCAGCUUACAUGUUUAACAUGUUAAGAAAGUUUUAGGUUAUUUCUCUCAAUUCACUUUUACUCAAACAUUUUUUAUCGAUCACUGCUUGUAUCAAGAACAUUAUUUUGUGCACAUACAAUUAUAGUGUACUGUACAUGUCUGCUGUCUGUUGGUUGAUGGACAUAAUAAUGCUAAA